AUGUCAAAGAAACAACAGUUAGUUGACCUUGUCGUAAGUAAUACUGCGGUAUCUAGAGAGCCACCAGUAGACGAAAUCUACUUCAAUAAGUUACAAAAAGAUAUACAACGUGUCAACCAAUUUAUCACACAGGCAGAUGUUGCCAUAAAUCAUUUACAACAACAUGAAGAGAGUGCAAGUAUAGAACAGAAGAUUAUUGCCAUGUAUGAUUCAUAUGAAAGAAUACCGUAUGUUCCAGACAAGAAUGAUACUAUUGGUACUGCAGCCACUUCGUCUAUUCUUAGUGAGUUAAUAGACAGGAAUACGCGUGAGUUAAAGGAGUCUGCCGUUGAAACCGAGCCAAUCGAACUAUUAAUAUCGGAGUAUAAGCAGAUAUUAGACUUCCUUGCCAAAGACAAACAAGAUAAGCAAGAAACUAUCAACAGAUUGAAUUCUAAAAUUGAGGAUUUUCAGUUCACACCUUCAAUCAAACAUCUACUCAUUCAAGCUGGUAACCUACAUAGAGAUCUACAACGACUGUUGAAGCGGGUUAUUACUAGGUAUUUGGCCAUGUCUGAUACCGGAAUAAUUGAUAAAUCCCAAUUAAACCAACAAUUGAAACAGACAACCAAGCUUAUUAACCAAUUAUUGCUGGGUGACUGGGUUGAUGUUCCUGAAUACAGCCAUAUCAAGUUCUUUAUAGACACACUUGUCAAAAACGACAUGUUAUUACUCAAAUAUUCCGACCUGGCUAUGGUCAAAUUACGAGGCUUUGAUAUUGAGUAG